AUGCAACAAAGAUUCCCUGACGGCUUGCCCGUCAACUGCUUACCGUCUUGCAAUCCAGCAACUAAUCAAAGACGAAACUGCGCAACACAAUCAACCGGUAACUCGGCGGAUCUUCCCAGUGCAGACUCCUACUAUAUUCCCUCUCCGGCUCCACAGGUUGCGGAAGUAGGCCACCACGCCCAACCGCAGCCCCCAUCUUCCGCUUUAUUCCCCAUGACAAUCAAUACGUCAAUUCCGGCCUACCAGCACUCCCAGAUUCACUCAGCUAGUUCCUCACCACAGGGUGUAUGGCCAACACCACCUUCUACUACUUGUGAAGAAGAGUUCGAUAAUUAUUCCUAUCAAGGUUCACCUACGAGUGGUGCUCGCGGUACUCAGCCCCUUGCGUCUUGCUCAGGACACUCUUCAGUUGCCAGUCCAAGGAGCUGGUCGCCCCAAGAAGCCCAGCACAUUAACAUCCACCAGACUUUCCUUAAGGAAUCAGAUCAUAUUACUAUGACACAACCCGAGGUGUCAUCCAUUAACGGCAGCCACCAGGAGCCUAACCCGGCUGCUGUAGUCCAAAGCGAAUCACCUCAGGCAGAACAUGGACUAGACACAUCAUACAGCUCCUAUAGUCAAGAUGAAACUUCACAAAAUGUCGGCCAGGGGCUCGAGGAGAACGAGCAAGAGUCAGAGAAGGCAGAUGGCCCUUAUGCGCAACUAAUCCAUCAGGCUUUCAUGAGCCGGCAGACACGCGCGAUGACGCUACAGGAGAUCUAUCAGUGGUUUCGUGAGAAUACGGACAAGGAAAAGACGGACAAGGGGAAUAAACGCAAUGGGUGGCAAAAUAGUAUCCGGCACAAUCUCAGCAUGAACCAUGCUUUUGUCAGACGCGAACGAAAAGCGAGUUCCGAUGACCCUCUAAAUGGGUCAGGAGAGGCAAAAAAGAUAUCACAAUGGGUUCUAGAGGAAUGGGCCGUAAAUGGCGUACAAAGUACAACGCGCUACCGCAGCAAGGGUACUUCUAAUCGUCGCGCCAAAUCCAGAAACGCCUCGCGGACGAACGCCCAUGCUUCAGCGCGCGCCAUGUCCGGCCGCAAGGGCGGGAAGAAGGCGGCAGCAAGCAAGAGGGCGAUUCUAGGCCGACAAAACCCGGGCCCUAUAUUCACAACAAGCGGCAGCGGUAGCAACCUUCAGGGACCAAUGCAAAAUGUCGUCUACGAGGGGAUGCAGUAUUCUCUUCCUACCCAUACAAGAGACGAGCCGAUGACACCCCCCGAUCCUAGUCACGAGAGCAUGAUGUUAGCAUCGAAUACAAUGCAAUCGAUGGUAUUGCCGACGAAUAAUGCAAAUCAUGAAUUCUCCUUCGCGCCUAACGUUCCUCAGUACAGCCAGGCCGGCCACCCUAAUAUGUACGCUCUUGAGAACGUAACGGGGCUAUACCAAGGCCACCAAGCACCUAUGAACGUACAGGGGGGCCAAGGACUGUCAACAACUAUGCAUACUGAUUUCAACCCCAUAUUCGAAGACCCUGACGACAACCGCAACAAUAGGCUUUCGUAUUCUUAUUGGAGCCAGCCGGUACCAGGUGGUCAAUUCCAGCCAUAG